ACUCCUUCCAGACCGUCCCCCCACCCUGCCACUUUUCGGAGUCCCCCGCCCCCGCCCCUGCCUCCCCGGAGCUGCCGGGCAGUCGGACGCGGAGCUGCCGAACGGCGAGGACACCCGGCAGGAGCUGCCCCGUGCCGCCGAGCCCGCGCUCCCUGACCUCCGCCGCCGCCCGGGGCUGGCGCCCCCGCCGCCCUCGCUCCACUCCCCUGCGCUCUCUUCCCGCAGGUCCCCGAGCUCCGCCACCGCGGGUGCGGCGGGGCCGGCGCGAUGCGGCAGCUGUGCCGGGGCCGCGUGCUGGGCAUCUCGGUGGCCAUCGCGCAUGGGGUCUUCUCGGGUUCCCUCAAUAUCCUGCUCAAGUUCCUCAUCAGCCGCUACCAGUUUUCCUUCCUGACCCUGGUGCAGUGCCUGACCAGCUCCACGGCGGCGCUGAGCCUGGAGCUGCUGCGGCGCCUCGGGCUCAUCGCGGUGCCCCCCUUCGGCCUGAGCCUGGCGCGCUCCUUCGCGGGGGUCGCGGUGCUCUCCACGCUGCAGUCCAGCCUCACGCUCUGGUCCCUGCGCGGCCUCAGCCUGCCCAUGUACGUGGUCUUCAAACGCUGCCUGCCCCUGGUCACCAUGCUCAUCGGCGUCCUGGUGCUCAAGAACGGCGCGCCCUCGCCCGGGGUGCUCGCGGCCGUGCUCAUCACCACCUGCGGCGCCGCCCUGGCAGGAGCCGGCGACCUGACCGGCGACCCCAUUGGGUACGUCACGGGCGUGCUGGCGGUGCUGGUGCACGCCGCCUACCUGGUGCUCAUCCAGAAAGCGAGCGCCGACACCGAGCACGGGCCGCUCACAGCCCAGUAUGUCAUCGCCGUCUCCGCCACCCCGCUGCUGGUCAUCUGCUCCUUCGCCAGCACCGACUCCAUCCACGCCUGGGCCUUUCCGGGCUGGAAGGACCCGGCCAUGGUCUGCAUCUUUGUGGCUUGCAUCGUAAUCGGCUGCGCUAUGAACUUCACCACGCUGCACUGUACCUACAUCAACUCAGCGGUGACCACCAGCUUCGUGGGCGUGGUGAAGAGCAUUGCCACCAUCACGGUGGGCAUGGUGGCCUUCAACGAUGUGGAGCCGACCUCUCUGUUCAUUGCCGGCGUCGUGGUGAAUACCCUGGGCUCCAUCAUUUACUGCGUGGCCAAAUUCAUGGAGACCAGAAGGCAAAGCAACUACGAAGACUUGGAGGAGUCGCAGCCCGCGGAAUAUGAAAGGCAGCCAAGUGGAGCCCAGCUGCCUUUCGUGAUGGAGGAGCUGCCCGGGAAGGGUGGAAAUGGGGUGUCAGAGGGUGGGGAGGGAGCAGGUGGCUCCGCUCAACAGAGUGGGCAAGAGUCCAGGGGCAGCCCCCGAGGGGUCCCGCUGGUGGCCAGGAGCUCCCCAAUCUCAGACUGCUCUGAAGAAGGAAAUAAGAGGUCCUUGAAAGAUGCUUACCUGGAAGUAUGGAGGUUAGUUAGAGGAACCAAAUACAUGAAAAAGGAUUAUUUGAUAGAAAAUGAAGAGUUACCCAGUCCUUGAAAAGGACAUGCGUGUAUGUGCAUAUGUACAUACAGUUAUUUUAUAUGUUAGAAGUAACAUUUUAAUGAUGGGCCUCCCAGUUUUAUUCUUUGAGGAGUGGGGAAGGGAAGCAAAGAAAGAAGCUGAAAGGAACUAAUAGCCCACAAAGUUAGCACCCGUGUGAAUUAUUUACCUGAGGGAUCAGAGAGAAAAAAUAUGGUGAAGGUGCUUAGCACAGUCAGAUAGUUGAAUUCAGCUUCAGACUCCUGGCUCAUUUAUUUUGUUGUCUUUCGAGCCAUAA